AUGGUUAGAAAGAAGGGUGCUCUGUAUGCUGCCCUUCUCGUUGGUAAAGAAGAAGUGGCUCAACCAGACAGAUCAGACAUGAACAAAGCAAAACCCGCUUCAACCGUUGACACCGCAUUAUUCGCCGGCAUAAUAGUACUGGCCAUCGCCCUUUUGAUGAUCUUAUUUGUCUAUGCAUUCAACAACUCACGGCCUGGUAUCUAUCUGGAUGAUGAAAACUCUUCACAGGCUGGUCCACCGUCGUCAUUUUCAAGUCCUGCAGCCGAAUUCCCUGUAUCUAUGCAUCAAGUCGACCACCCUGUACCAACAAAGCACGCACAAUCCAUCCUUCCCUUAUAA